GCAAAGCUCCCAAACUCCCGUCCAAUCCCGCGAGAUUGUUUUGAUGUCAAGCCACUCUCGCGACACCGACAGCGUAGUUUUGUUCAAUUACAGAAAAUAUGGCGGACAGGCUAACACAACUCCAGGACGCUGUCAAUUCGCUAGCAGAUCAGUUCUGUAAUGCCAUCGGGGUCCUCCAGCAAUGUGCGCCUCCUGCCUCCUUCAGUAACAUCCAGACGGCAAUCAACAAAGAUCAGCCAGCGAACCCGACCGAAGAAUAUGCCCAGCUCUUUGCAGCCCUGAUCGCCAGAACAGCCAAAGAUGUGGACGUACUAAUCGACUCUCUGCCCAGCGAGGAGUCCACGGCAGCUCUGCAGGCGGCCAGUCUCCGGCAGCUGGAGGAGGAGAACCACGACGCAGCGGCCCGUCUGGAGGAGGUGGUUUACCGCGGCGACAUGUUGCUGGAAAAGAUCCAGAGCGCCCUGGCUGACAUUGCCCAGUCACAGCUCCGCACCCGCAACGGAGCACCGAGCCAGCCUUCGCCAGCCGAAUCCUGACCGGCAACGUACAUCACGCUCUGGACAAUUUUCAGUCAUUUCUCUCACAUCUCAGCCUGCUUUUUUUUUUCCACCCUCAAACUAUCAGCUGAAAGCCUCAAAACAGGAAUGUGCUGAGUUUGUUUCUAAAGGAAAUUUGAGGUGCCAUACAGUCAGCGAAACUUUGUUGCUCUGCUACAGUAAUAAAGGAUGCCAGUUGGAAAAGAGUACACGAUCGUCACAUACACACUGUUUUGUGUGUGAGGAUGUUUCUGCUGAAGAAUAUUACCAUAGAGGUUUUCUGUGGUCUAAUAUGUGAAUGCUCCCCCUGUUUUUUGUUUAUGUAUAUGCUGUAUAUUGAUUGAGUCUGUUUUUGUAGAUAUUUAUGAAAGAAAUGAUCGAAAUCGAUCACUCAAAAAACCUUAGAACACUCUUCAGACCACUUAAGAAACCUGCCUAGCUCAUUGUAACUCCUACAUCUCAUGAGUUUUGUUCCUUUUUUCUUUUUUUAAAUAAAACUCAACUAUCUACUA